GGCGGGGGCGGGGCCUGGGGCAGUCACGUGGGGCGGUGCGCGCUGAGUGCGGCUGCGCCGGCCGGUAGCUGCAGCUGGAGCGGUGGCGUUUGGAGGAGACUCGAAACUGGAUGGCUUCUACAGGGAGCCAGGCCUCUGAUAUAGACAAGAUUCUUGGAUUCUUCAGUGAUGGCGCACCCCCCACCAAAAAGCCCAGGAAGCUGCUUCCAAGCUUAAAAACUAAGAAGCCCCGAGAACUUGUUCUGGUGAUCGGAACAGGCAUUAGUGCUGCGGUUGCACCUCAGGUUCCAGCCCUGAAAUCCUGGAAGGGCUUAAUUCAGGCCUUACUGGAUGCUGCCAUUGAUUUUGAUCUUCUAGAAGAUGAGGAGAGCAGAAAGUUUCAGAAAUGUCUCCAUGAAGACAAGAACCUUGUCCAUGUUGCCCAUGACCUUAUCCAGAAACUCUCACCUCGAACUAGUAAUGUUCGAUCCACAUUUUUCAAGGACUGUUUAUAUGAAGUAUUUGAUGACUUGGAGUCAAAGAUGGAAGAUUCUGGAAAACAGCUCCUUCAGUCAGUUCUCCACCUGAUGGAAAAUGGAGCCCUGGUAUUAACUACAAAUUUUGAUAAUCUCCUGGAACUGUACGCAGCAGAUCAGGGAAAGCAACUUGAAUCCCUUGACCUUACUGAUGAGAAAAAGGUUCUAGAGUGGGCUCAGGAGAAGCGGAAGCUGAGUGUCUUACACAUCCAUGGGGUCUACACCAAUCCUAGUGGCAUUGUCCUCCAUCCAGCAGGGUAUCAGAAUGUGCUCAGGAACACUGAAGUGAUGAGAGAGAUUCAGAAACUCUACGAAAACAAGUCGUUUCUUUUCCUGGGCUGCGGCUGGACUGUGGAUGACACCACUUUCCAAGCCCUUUUUCUGGAGGCUGUGAAGCAUAAAUCUGACUUAGAACAUUUCAUGUUGGUUCGGAGAGGAGACGUGGAUGAGUUCAAGAAGCUCCGAGAGAACAUGCUGGACAAAGGAAUUAAAGUUAUCUCCUAUGGAAAUGAAUAUGCUGAUCUCCCAGAAUAUUUCAAGCGCCUGACAUGUGAGAUCUCCACGCGGGGGAGAUCAGCAGGGAUGGUGAGAGAAGGUCAGCUAAAUGGCUCAUCAGCGGCACACAGUGAGAUAAGAGACUGUAGAACAUGAGAGGACUAGAGAAAUCAUCACCAUUAGACCAAGCUGUCAGGCCCGACUGUGGAGAAUAUUUAGCAAGUAAACUUACAAGAGCCCAACACAGCUCCAUGGAAGUACCAAAACCCAGAGGCUGAAGGUUGGCAGUAGAGUUGGGGGUCGGGGGGUGUUCCAGCUCAAUCCUUCAUGCCCACUGGUUCUUGAUCUUCUGCGGCCUAUUCCAGUUCAAGGAUCCCCCAGUGACAACGGGACCCAAUGCAGCCCCCCCAUCCCUGGGUUGGACAUGCCUGUGUCCACACAACACAUCAGUGUGACACCUCCACUGACUAUGGCUACAGCCCUGCAUGAAGGACUUGGGAGCUAGAUGCCGCGGGAUCACCAUGGCCCUUGUUGCUGUUUUGUACUCUAUACUUGGUUUUUCAAUUAAGCUUAAUGGCUUUUUUAAAACAUGACUUGAAGCUCUAGUUUUCUAGACCUUUUACAGUGUACAGUAUUUUACAUAACUGAGCUGUAUUAAAAGCUUGUUCAUUUACUUCCCAGGGCCCUGGCUCUACUUUUAGAGUCCCUUUAGAAAACUUGCAAAGGCACAAAAUGAGCCUAAUUUUUGUAACUCAAUUUAAAAGUUCUCUUUCACACUGAAGUGGGUGAUCUUACUCUCUAGACAAACAUUAUCAAUUCCUGUUUUACUUCCCUUCUUACCAUAAGGCCUAGAAGCAUAGUUAGUGUGAUGGGGGAAUCUUACUUUUUGAAUUGUAUAUAAAAUAACUCCGAGACGUAAAAGGCAAUUUACUUAUGAAAUUUAUUUUCUUAUAUAAAUUAUGUAUUUCUCUGGGC